UCUUCGCUCUCUCUUUGUCCCACACUUGAACACAUGUAUUUAUUUCGUUUUAAGUGCAGCACUUUAUAGAAAUUUCAAGCGACAUAAACAAAUUAAUUGGCUCCAUUUCUGUUGGCCGCUCUGCGAUGCAUCCGUUGUUCGAAAAAUCAAACGAUUUCUGUGUAGUAUUUACGACUGUACAGUGACGGAGAUCAAUUGCUUGGAAGUGCAGAGAGAAUCGGUGAAAAGUAUAACAGAAUUGCAUGAUGGAGUAUUUUAUAUCUCUUUCCUGAAAUUAAUAAAAUGGAAGAAGCUUGAGGAGUUUGAUCAAGAGGAUAUUGUGAAAUUUAUAGAGGAGGAAUAUCCUUCUUUCAAAGUUAACAAAGAUGAUAACACGGAACAUAUAUACAUUGCGUCCCUGUUACUGAUACAUUUGUGUCGAACACUGUCUACGAUAUAUCAUUGUCUGCAGUAUAACAUGUGCGACAGCUUGAAAACGGAAACGCAAAUUAGAGUUAAAGCCUUUCUGGAGAGUAUUCUGCCUAUUGGCAAGGAUAUUACCAAGGAUACUAUGAGAGAAGUUAUUAUGGAGGUAGAGGAUAUGUCGACGGCUGUGGAAAGCCGGAGAACACCGCCGAUCGAGGGUUCCCCUUUUGCCAAUUCCCCCUUAACGCGUUCGGGACGUAGCAAAAAGAUUUUGACCGAACGAGUUCGGGAGUUGAGGGAUUUGAAAUGCAGCUUGGCGAUAGAACGAUUUAAUAAUGCGGAUUUACGGGACGACAUAUCAAGGCAACACAAUAAAAUAAAGAAGCUGCAGAGGAAGCUUGACGAGAAAUCGGCGAAGAUAAAGGAAUUGCGAGAGGACCGGAUUCAUUCGAGCACUCCGCAGCCGUCCCGCACGAGGGAGGACAAUUCACAGGAGGAAUACUACAAGAGGUAUAUUAACGAUCUGGAAAAUCAAUUAAGUAAACAGCAGGAUGAAAUUACUAAACUGGAGACGGAGAAGGAUGAUAUGUCGAAGGAGCUAAGUUGCACGCGUAGGAUGUCGAAGCAUUAUAAGGAAAAUUUCACGAGCUGCGAACAGUCCUUGGAGACUUUGACGAACAAAAUUGAAUUGAAGGACAGAGAACUUAUAGAGCUUAGGAUGCACAAUGAAGAGUUACGCGUGCAUCUCAAAGAAUUGAAUAGAAAUCCAGACCAAAGUUUUGAAGUUGACGAUUUUGCACAAUCUGCCGCCGCCAAAUCGUUUAACACUAGUGAAGUUCUAAGUACCGUGGUCGAGAUUCAACUCCAGGAGGCCAGGGAAGAGUCCGCUAUAUUGAAUGCUCAAGUUGAUACCUUGAAAGGAAAAUUGGAUAUUCUCACGAAGGAGUACAGAGCACUGCUGGAAUCGAAUAGAGACUUGCAGGAAAGAGUAAAGACGUUGGAUCGGGUGCAGGCAGAAUUAGAUCGUGUGCAGAAGGAAUUGGAUGCCUCGAGCACGACUGUUGCAAAUUUACAGGUGGAGAAUGUCGCUCUCGUUACACAAACUGAAGAUUUGAAAAAUUUUCUUUCAUCUACAGAGGAGAAAUUGUCCGAGGUAGAACGGUCGAAUAUUGCACUGAAUGCAGAAUUGGACAGCUUAAAACUGGACACGAAGAGCUUGAGUGAGCUGUUUGAAAAUGAAAGGGCCAAUUCCUCAAAUUUAAGCACUACUCUGGCGGAAAUGAAAUCACAGGUAACGGAACAUCUUGCGUGCAUUCACGAGCUCACCGAUGAGAAGGAUUCGUACAAAUCUUCCAUCGAAAAUUGCAGUAAAAGUUUAAGAGAUAUUUUACACUGUGACAAUCAAUUUAUACAAGUUGAUAACGAUAAUUUAAAUAACUCGACGCUCAAUGAUCUUACAAAAUAUAUUGAAACAAUGUUACAUAAUUGCAGUAUGAUGCGCGUUUCAUACGAGAAUGAUGUCGAGAAAUUAAAAACAACGAUAGACGAAACAAAUGCGAAUCUGCGUGAGCAACAAUUAACUAUUACAACUUUAGAAGAACAAAAUAAGCAGAAUCUCAGGGAAUUAGCUAAUAUCGAGGAAGAGAAGAAUCAAAUGGAUUUCUUGUUAAAUGAGCAAAAGGAAAUUAUCCGUUUGAAUUCAGAGAAAAUCGAAAGUUUAGAAGAGAUUAAAUGUAAGAAACUUAUUUUAGAGCAAAGCGUGCAUGAAUUAACAAAUAAUUUAACGAAUCGAGAAUUACUACUGAAACACGUUGCAGUACAACUAAAAAAUCUAUAUAACAUAAAUAAAGAUUUCAAAUUAAUGAAAGAAGAAAUUCAGCAAAAUUUUAUUGAACAUCGAAAAAGUACGGAGCUAACAUUUGAAAAAUUGCAACACGAAUAUCACACGUUGCAUGACAAUUAUCACAAAGUACAACAAGAAAAAGGGGAAUUAGAGUCUAAUUUCAACUGUAAUAAGGAAGAAUUAUCAAAAAUUUAUGCGACAAACGCUACACUACAACAAAACUUAUUAGAAAACAAAGAAAAAAUUGAUACUUUGGAAGAGAAGAAAAGAAUUCUUUCCAACGAAUUAAAUGAAUCCAAGCGUAGCGUACAAGAAUUAAGAGAUAUAAAUCAAACAUUAGAAGAACUAUACGCAGUAAUGAAUGCUGAAUCAAAUGAUAAGCUGGAAAGCCUCAAGUCAGAUAAUGCUAAAAUAUUACUCGAGCUGAAAGAUGCCACUGAUAAGCUAAAUUUAUUACAUCAGGAAAUGAGCGAUACAACGACGCAGAUAGAAUUGAAAGAAGCACAAGUUAACGAGUUACUUUCGAAUGUGUCAGCUUUAGAAACGGAGAAGAACGAUUUGAUGCGCUCCCAUAAAGAAAUAUUUGAAACGAAAGAUAAGGAAAUAGCAGGGAAAGAAGAGGAAUUAUCGACGUUACGAAAUAAGAUGGAAAAGCUGAACAGCGAAGCAAAUGUCACGGAGAAGAAAAUGAAGGAGAUAAUUAUUAAUCUUCAAGAAGUAAGAUCCAGCCAAGAUGCGAUCUUGGCGACUCAAGAAGCAGCUCUGAAAGAAAAGUGCCUGUACAUAGAAGAACUUCAAGAACGGUACGACAAUUCGAAGGAGAACCUGAAUAAAGAACUUGAAGAUACAAAAUUGACACUGCGCGAGAGCCGAAGUAAAUUCUUCGAUCUGGAAAAUCAACUUAAUAAUCAAAACAGGACUAUAGCAGAAUUGCAAGACAUGCUGAAGGCAAUGAGCGCGGAACUUGAGACGAGUAAGGAGCACUGCAAGCGUAUGGAUGCCAGUCAAGUGGAAAUUGUAAAAUUGUGCCAAGAAUUGGAACAUCCAACGAAAAAUUUGAAUUCUACGAUUACGGAAACGUGCUCAGAUUUCGAUUUACACGACGUGCCACAGUACGAGUGCAUUAAUAUAGAGAAUAAGUACAAGUGCAUUAAUGUAGACAAUAACGCAAAUAUCUUGAAUAUUAUCAAGAUGACUCUUGAGGAAUUACACAAAUCUCAGAAAAUUAUCUCGCAUUUAGCUUGUGUAAAUGCGAAAUUGAAUGAAACUUUGGCACAACAAACAAUACUUGUAGAGGACGGUGUAAAGGACAAAGAGGAGGUCGGCAGUCUCAAGAAUAAGAUACGAGAAUUGGAAAUAAUAGCACAGAAACGAAAUAACUAUCUCAAGAACCUCAUAAAAAAUAAGGAAUCUUUAAAGGAAUCUUUGCAGAAAGUUUUCGCCACACGAAACGAUUUAGAUACUAUUUUAACGUCGUCCAAGCAAAAGUGGAACGAAAUAUUGAUCAAGUUUCAGGAUAUUUUUUACAUUGAGAAUUCCGUUUGCGACGAAUUCAAACAGCUGCAAAUUAAAAAGACAAGUCUCGAAAAUACGUUGUUGAAGUGUCAAACUGAUUAUUCAGAGAGCGUAAAAUCUAUGUCCGAUGUUUUGUGGGAGAAGUUCUUGUGGACGGAACAAAAAUUACACGAUACCUAUUUAUGUUCGAUACAUGAGAAGGAGUGUUUGGAGAUACUAACUCAUGUGGAAGAAGAUCAAUUUUCUAAUGAGAAGACGAUAAUUGAUAUGCAAUUGGAAAAAUACAAAGCGCUGCAAACUGAUGCAAUAAAAUCCGAAGAAGAGAUUGACUCUUUCAGUACUUUGGUCACUGUUUACGACAACAACCUAAAGUCUGGCGAAAUCAAGAGUCACGUAGAGAUCGAGAAGAAACUACAAAAUCAAAUUAAUCAGAUGACAAAGGAAAAGAAGGAUCUGAAAACUAAAAUGGAUACUAUGCGUUUGAGGAAUGUAAAAUUAGAGAAGAAUAUCGAUGAUCUCAGAACGGAGAUAAGAAAACUGAAGUCGACGGAGGCAGCGCCGGCGGAAGCUAGCUUGGCAAUCUCUGAAGGAUCUGAAGUGCAAUCCCUGAAAGAGGAGCUGGAACGUUUAAAAGAGCAGAACCAACAGCUACAUGAAGAGAAAGAUGAGGCGAGCAAGAUGGCAAAGCAAAAAUUGGAAAAUCAGUUAAAAGAGAUUCAUGCUACGUAUGAACAAAAACUGGAAGAUAUGAAACAACAAAUGAAAAUAGCCUACAACGAGCAAAUGACAAAGUUAAGUAAGGAUCAAGAGAAGGUCGUGCAAGAAAAGUUGCAGAAUCAAAUGGAAAUAAUGUGCCAGCGACAGAGGGAGGAACUCAAUAGAUACAAAGCACACGUUGGCGAAUUAAGUUCGCAACUUUGGAGCGUGGGUGAAAAGCUCCUGAUUGAGCAACAAGAGAAGCAAGACGCGUUACAGCGUUUAAAGGAACUAGAGAUCACGGUCAAAGAGUUACAGACGAAUCAACCAGUCACAAUUUCGCGCAAGACUUGCAGAAUGGAAAAGAAGGAAAUGUUACCUGAAAACUCGCACCAAGCACAUAAAGUAACAACGGUUUUAACUGAAGAAACACUCGAAAGAAGGCAUAGCAUUAGAAGCAUACAAACGAUGGGCAAUGCAUUCAAAACGGAAGAUGAGGAAGAAAUCUUCGACAAUGUUUAUCUAGCCGAUAUGAAAAGGGGCAAUUUUAUGCCGAUCUCAGAUGUCAACCGUUUGUCUGUUUUGCAAAUGAGAAACUCUCUUUGCAAACCUCAUCUGAAAUCCUCUUAUCCGGCAGAAAUGCAGUUUAUUCCUUCAACCUUAACCGAAGAAGAGAUCAAAACGGGCUCUGCAGAAGAAAACUUUAACGAUAGUCUUAGUCAGAGUCUUCUCCCGGAGCAGAAAGCCAGGAAGAAGGAUAGAACUCAGAUAUCGUAUAAAAAGCCUGGUCCUCCAACACCAAGCAAAAACGGAGGAAGAUUAUCAUUGCAGAGUAAUGAAGUAAGAAGCCCAAACUCACGUGUGCUGAGGGAGCGAAAUGUGGAUAGAAAAACAACGACUACUCCUCAUUCACUGAAGACCAUAUUCUCACUGAAACGGCAAGAUGAAAAUGCAACUAGCACGCCAAAACGCCGACUCAGUAACCUUUUUCGCAAAUCUCGUUUACAAUCAGAUCGAUAAAUAAAUAUCAUAGCCAUACGACUACGUAUAAAAAGGCAAUACAAUGUCUUAGCGUAACAAACUAGGAACUCUAUAAACUACAGAUUGUAUUAAUUGACGUUAUAUAAAUAAUUGACAUCACUGCAAUAUUUAUAUUGUUGAUAUCAUGUGAAUUAAGAAUUUAUAAUAAUUUAUUCUAUUACUGUUCUUAUUUUUUUUACCAUUCUGCAUUGAAAGAAGAUUGCGUGUAGAAAUUUCAUGUAAUUUACGUGACAUCAGCAAUAUAAAUAUUGCAGUAAUGUCAAUUAAUACAAUCUGUAUUUUUUUUUGCUCUUAAGGUUUUCACGAGUAUUCUCUUCAAAAGUGCUGGGAAGCUAGUGGAAUAUCUUGUCUUGUUUCAUUGUUAAUAUCAACGUUUCAUGAACAAUGCUGUUCACUUCAUCAGAGCGAAAAGCCUCCUGAUACGGUAUCAGGUUGCUUCUCGCCCUGAUAAAGUAAAGUAGAAUUAUUCACGAAAUGUUGACAGUUAACUAUGCAAUAUGAUGAGACAACUCACCAAUUUCUUAGCACUUUUAAAUCGAUAGUUAUAGAGCUUCUAGUUUGUUGUUGUGCUAACAUAUUGUAUUACUUUUAUACAUAGUCUCCAGAAUUAUUAUAUAUCAUUCUACGUUGAAAGAAGAAUGAGAAUUUAUUGUAACUCUUUGCAAUAUGUGUAAUAAAUGUGUAAAUAUAGAAUGUGUCACAUAAAUAAUUAACAUUUUAUAAAUCUAUAUAACACAUUCAAGUGUACAAAGCAUUAUCACAAAAUGUACAGGAAAGGGAAAUAUAAUUGUGAAAGUAUCCACUUAUCCAUGUACAAUGUAUUCGCAAAUAAAACUAUAUUAGAUAAA